UUUUUUUUUUGAUUUUAGUAGACACGGGGUUUCACCGUGUUAGCCGGGAUGGUCUCGAUAUCCUGGCCUCAUGAUCAGCCUGCCUCGGCCUCCCAAAGGCCAGUGCUUUGUUCAAAAACCUUGGUGACUCUCCGCUGCCUACUUAAUACAGUCCAAAUUCCCUGGCUGAGCAUGCAAAACCCUUCAUGACCUGACUGCAAGUUGCCUGCCUCUUCUCAUGACUCACAUGUGCUAGUGAAACUGAAAAUAACAUGCCUUAAAUGUUCCUGCUUCAGCUAAUCUGGCAUAAUUUUUCCUGGCACCUUUGUUUGUUGAAAUCCUUUCUGUCCUUAUUUUAACUAUUUUCAGGCAUUUAUCAAGUUCUGUCACUCUUAACUACUUGGUAACAUGUCUUAGCCCACUCCAUCCUGCAUUACACUGUCAGAUGCUCAAAGCAAACACCAUGUUUCAUUUAUCUUUGUCUCCCCAUCCCCCCACUCCCCGCCGCACCCAGUCCCCUGCACACACCUAGCACACUACUAGGGAAACUGGAAUUAAGGUAAAUCAAAUCGAAACCUACUCCAGGAAUCACGUUCUCAAAUUAUGGUUAUAGAUUUUGACAGCUGGAAGUUAUCUAAGCAAAUCAUCUCAUUUUACAAAUGAGAAAACCAGAGGUCAGAGAGGUGAAGUUACUUGCUCAGUCUUUCCCAGCUGCCCUUAAAUAGUUUUUUUGUUUACACUGCUCUGGUAACAGCACUUGCAGCCUUGUCAUAGGUAGAUCUAUUUUCAUGUCUCCUCUUCUUUCCUGGAUGCAAGCAUCUUAACCUUGACACGUUGCUCUUUCGGUGAUUUUAGUGUGUCAUUUUGAUACUGGAAAUAUAGAUGGGGAGUAGAGCCAGCUUCAGCAAAUUCAUAGCUACAGCGCCUGAAUGGACACUAGAUGGCAGUACGACAGACAGACUCCAAUUGAGGUUUCAACCGUGGAACUUAAUGUUCAAGCCGGAAGGAACCUUAGACACCAUCCAGUCCAACCCCUCAUUUUUUUUUUGCAGCAAACAAAUAAAAAACCCCAAGAACAAGAAACAGGAGUGACUUGCACAAUAAUUGUUGAGUGGCAAAUCAAAUGAUGCUGUUUGGAAAAGUUUCCCAGCAGUUGUGUGGCAUAAAGAAACUCCCAUGGUCAUGUGAUUCCAGAUACUUCUGGGGCUGGUUGAAUGCAGUGUUUAAUAAGGUGGAUUAUGAUCGCAUCAGGGAUGUUGGCCCUGACAGGGCGGCAUCUGAGUGGUUGCUGCGCUGUGGGGCCAUGGUGCGCUACCAUGGCCAGGAGAGGUGGCAGACGGAUUACAACCACCUUCCAACAGGCCCUCUCGACAAAUACAAGAUUCAGGCUAUUGACGCCACCAACUCUUGUAUCAUGAGCAUUGGAUUUGAUCACCUGGUGGGCCUACAGCAUGUUGAAAAAAUAAGGCUGUGCAAGUGUCAUUAUAUCGAGGAUGACUGUUUGCUGAGACUUGGUCAACUUGAAAAUUUUCAAAAAAGCAUAUUGGAAAUGGAAAUAAUAUCCUGUGGGAAUGUCACAGACAAAGGCAUCAUUGCUUUGCGUCAUUUAAGAAACCUCAAAUAUUUGUUGUUAAGUGAUCUUCCUGGAGUAAGAGAAAAAGAAAAUCUUAUCCAAGUCUUUGAGACAGCACUGCCCUCUCUGGAACUAAAAUUACAAUUGAAGUAAAAUAAUGUGUUUUAUUUCAGUAUAAAGGAUCAUUUGAAACUGUUGAUUCUAAACAUCAACUAAUAUUAUAUAGUCAUCAGUAGAAUUAUAAGGAUGCCAUAUCAUGACAUUUUAGAAGUGGAGAGUGCAUCAUAUUUAGAAAAUGAAUAUUCAGACAUGACUCACUAAAGUUACUAAGUUGGAAGUGAGAAUUUAUGUACAUUAAUUCAUUUUAAGAAAAGUGCAGCCAGGCGCGGUGGCUCAUGCCCAUAAUCCCAGCACUUUGAGAGGCCAAAGUGGGCAGAUCACCUGAGGUCAGGAGUUCGAGACUAACCAUGGCCAACAUGGUGAAACCCCGUCUCUACUAAAAAUACAAAAUUAGCUGGGUGUGGUGGUCCACGCCUGUAAUCCCAGCUACUCUGGAGGCUGAGGCAGGAUAAUCACUUGACUUGGGAGGUGGAGGUUGCAGUGACCCGCGAUUGCGCCACUGCACUCCAUCCUGGGCGACAGAGCGAGACUCUGUCUCAAAAAAAAAAGAAAAAAAAAAAUGCAAACUAGGUAACAUUUUAAUUCUAAUAUAUUCAUUUAAUAUGUAAAUCUAUAGAUAUCUCUUGAUGUAGAUAUUUAUUUAGAAUCCUUUAAAGUUAUUUGUACAACAGAUGUUUUUAUUAGUAAUUUACAUUAAAUUUAACUUUAAAGUUAGUGAAGCAUACUACCAUAAAUGCACAAUUAUGAAAAAUUAGAAUCUAAAUUACAGAUUCAUUGAUGGCGUCAAUUAUGCAUAGUGGUCAAUGGUUGUUGAAGCAUGCAUUUCAUAUUGCUUCCCAGGAUUUGCAUGCAUUUCCCAUGAUCCUGCAUUCUUGUGUUCUUGAUAGCAUACAGACUUUCUCAGAAUCAACAGUUGCUGCUUAAUUUGUCUAUUUUGUAAGCUUAGGCUACUAUUUUAUUAAAACUGGACAGAUACUUGGCUGAAUACAAAUAGUUUUGCAGAUUGCAAUAUAAUAAAGAAAACAAUAAUAAAAACCAGUAGGCUAUGCUUAGGUUUUUCUUAAAACUUAAAACUGCUUUAGGCUGGGUGUCGUAGCUCAUGCCUGUAAUCCCAGUGCUUUGGGAGGCUGAGGUGGGAGGAUCACUUGAGACCAGGAGUUUGAGACCAAUUUGGGCAACAUAGCAAGACCCUAUCUCUAUAAAAAAUUUUAAAAAUUAGCCAGGCGUGGUGGUGUACACCUGUAAUCUCAGAUACUUGGGAGGUUGAGGUGGUAGGAUCGCUUGAGCUUAGGAGUUUGAGGCUGCAGUAAGCUAUGAUCACGGCCACUGAACACCAGUGUGGUAGCCUGGGUGAAAGACAGAGACCCUGUCUCUUUAAAAAAAAAAAAAAAAAAAAAGGCUGGCCUGUAAUCCCAGCACUUUUGAAGGCCAAGACAGGCAGAUCAUUUGAGUCCAGGAGUUCAGGAUGAGCCUGGGCAACGUGGCAAAACCCUGUCUCUACCAAAAAAUUAAAAAAUAAAUAGCUGGGUAUAGUGGCACAUUCCUGUAGUCUCAACUACUCAGGAGUCUGAGGUAAGAGGAUCAUUUGAGCCUGGGAAGUGAAGGCUGCAGUGAGCCAUGUUGGUACCACUGCACUCCAGCACUCCAGCCUGGGCAACAGAUUAAGACCCUGUCUCAAAAAAAAAAAAAAAAAAAAAAAAAGGUCAAAAAUAGAUAAAACAGGUCUUUAUUGUUACCUCUGUGAAAUGGCCCUGAUUCUAUUACUGUUAUAUGCCAGUUUGUUUAUAGAUUUCUGUGUGUUUGAUUUGAACUUUUUUUUUUUUGAGACAGACUCUCACUCUAUUGCCCAGGCUGGAGUGCAGUGGUGUGAUCUCAGCUCACUGCAACCUCUGCCUCCCGGGUUCAAGCAGUUAUCUGCCUUAGCCUCCCAGGUAGCUGGGAUUACAGGCACCUGCUACCACACCCAGCUAAUUUUUGUAUUUUUAGUAGAGACAGGGUUUCACCAUCUUGGCCAGACUGGUCUUGAACUCCUAACCUCAGGAUCCACCCGCCUCAGCCUCUCAAAGUGCUGGGAUUAUAAGCGUGAGCCACUGUGCCCAGCCUGGUUUGAACAUUAUUGAGCUGUUGAAUAUAAACUUGAAAAUAAUUUUCAAAUAAACACUUUCUAUGAUACAGUUUUCAGGUAGAAAAAUGAAUUUUCAUUGUAUUUAAAAACCAGCUUAUACAAAUAACACAUAGUAUAAAUGGUAAUUGCCGCUGUCAUUUUAAAAAUCAGAAAAUAGUAAAUAAAAGGAUGUGGAAGAGUCUCAUGUGAUACAGUGGAGAUUUCAUGCUGAAUAAAAGGAUUAUAAAUAUAGUUAAAUUGAACAUAAGCAUAAAUGUAAUGGAACUCAUUAGAGAAAAAUAAGCCUCUUUUUCUCAGGUUUGUUUCAUUACUGUAUGGUGAGACAACUGAUUCACCACGAUUUAGUCUAGAACUACUUUUCUAUUCUGAAUGGUUUUUGGUAAAACUAUUUGCUGAAUUAUUAGGCAGUUAUAGUAAUCUGCCUCCGUCAAGUGCAUUUUCU